AUGUGGGUCUGCGUAGAAGAGCGGGUUGGCGAAAUCUCCCACUUUGCGAAAAUCAGAAGAAGAAUUGUCUUUGACUCCAUUUUCGCGCUUUCUCAGGGCAGAAUUCCAGAGUUGGCACACCGCCCGAUUGGCGACGAAGUCACUUACUACGACAAUUGUAAUGUUCACAGAGCGACUUUUUUAUGCAGUUCUGAAACUCGAAAUUUCACGCCAAAAGAUCUCAUCGCCAAUUUAUUGAACUCUGAAGAAGACCUUCGCCUUUUUGCAGCCUCGAACGGAAUCGGUGAGCCGCAGACACAGACGAUCGUUGAAUUGACGCUCGAAGUUUUUCUGUUUCUUUUGGCGAAAUUCGAACGAAACAACUUGAGCGGAGAAAACGACGCUGAUUUCGACAUUUUGCACGAGGAUGAGUCGCGAACUGCCAGCAGCGCCACCGAUUUCGACCUUCCGGUGAUUGAGACGAUCGAAACCGCCGUCGACGAAGAUCAACUCGGCCACAAAUCGCCGAGAAAUGAUGAAGGGUUGAACACUUGCACGGAUGAUGAACGAGAUGCGACAGAGCUCGACUCGAUGGAGAUUCCAGAACUCGAGCCCGCGCCGCUAGACGACCCUUCCCACGAGAUCGCCAACUGCCACGAGCAAGAACUCGACCCUGAUCAUUCCAACAUCGCCCAUUUGAACCUCGCCGAUUUCAUCAAAAUCGAGCCCGAGUCCGAGUUCAUCCCUCUUCCCGUCUCACUGCCUCCUCCCGAAAAAAGUGCCUCUCCGUCAAAAAAAUCGACGAACCAAAAGUCGAGAAACUCGCAAAAUCGAAAAUCGUCAAAGCCAAAAAAGCUGAAAUCAAGGAAGAAUCAAAAUCUUUCAGUCCAAAGCUCGACUUCGAAUUCGAGACUCGAAAAUUCGAACUCGAAUUCGAAUUCGAGCAAUUUGGGAAUGCUCGAAUGCAAUUUAGUUUCGAGCGAGAUCCUCGAGGACAUUCGAAUUUCGACAAAUUCAAGCCUUGAAAAUCACAAAUUCGCGAAAGUUCCGAAACUCAGCGAAGUCGAACUGGGCGAGCGUCCUUUCCCAUGCGAGCACUGCGCGAAAAGCUAUAAAACGAAGCGGCUGCUGGACGCGCACCUCCGCCGCGUGCACCAAGUUUGCGUGCUCUGCUCGCUGCGAUUCGAAAGCGACAAGGAACUGCAAAUCCACCGGGAGAUCUCGCACAAGGUCCGCAAGUACUACUGCCACCUGUGUCUGUUUUGGACGAACAAGGAAUCGGCUCUGGAAAAUCACGUCAGCAAAAUUCAUCCGAGAGAGAAUCAGCGCAAGGCGGAGGAAUUCACUUGCGACCACUGCAAGAAAGUUUUCUCCAGAAAGCAUCAACUAAAAAAGCAUCAAAACCUGAACUGCGACGACUAA